AUAAUUUUCUGGCAUGUAAUAUAGUCAGGAGUUGAAAAACAAGGCUUCCUCGAUUAUAUCUUAUACAAAUUUAGGAUGGUAGCAAACAGGAACAAUUUGUGAUUGUCUUUAAGAUAGAUAUGAAAUUGAAAUAAAAUAUUCGAAAGCAAUAGAAAAAUUGGCAACAAAAUUAGCACCAAUAAAUGAAUUCUUUAGUGCUUCUUUUGGUAUAAGAGCAUAAUUAUCUUCUCAAUUUGCUGAAGAAAUAAAAGGAGAGAUUGAUAUAAUGAAAUAGCUCAUAGCUUAAUAAAAAGCAACUUAAUAUUUAGAUUAUAUAAAAUUAUGGGAUAGUUAAUUAUAAUCAAUAAAAUCAAAUUUAAAAGCAGUUGAAGGGUUUUUAAAAAAUAAAAAAAGAGAAUAUGAAAUUGAGGGAACAUUGGAACUUGCAUUUUUAGUAUCUUAAUAAGAUAAACUUGAAAAAUAGAGAAAUAAGUAUUAUUUUAAGUAUAAGUAAUUUAGAGCUCUUGCAUGCAGAAAAGAUUAUUAGUAGGCUAAAGGAAAUUAUUUAGAACUGAAAUUAGAAAUGGAGCAGAUUUUGAAAGAGAAAGAAGCAGAAGUUACUUUAGAUUAACUUUAGUACUUAAAUUUAUAAAGACUUAAUUCAAUCAAAGAUUGUAUUUUAAAAAUAUUUGUAUAUGAGUCUUCUAUUGCAAAAAAUCAUUUAUAUGAUUUAGAAAAAAUGUCAGAUGUAAUUUAUAAUUAGAAUAAUUUAGAGACUACAUGAUUAAGAUUAAAAUUAAUUUAUUGAAGAAUUUAUUAAAAAAAAUAAAUAAUAGGAAACAAAUUCUCUAGAAUUGGAAUCUUUUCUUACUAAAUUAUUAGACAGUUAAGGUUAAUUUUAAAUAUAUACUACUAAUAUUUAUCCUAUAGGACUUGAAAAGACAGAAGAAUAAAUUUUAUAGGAAACAAAAGAAAUCUAACAAUCACCUUAAAAGCAGCAAGAAUUCUUGAACUUUUUAUCUUAAAAGUUCAAUUCAAGUUCAUUCUAACUAACUUUAUAAGAGUUUAUUUAAUGUACAAAUAUUUCUAUAGGAAUCUUGGAUUAAGUAAUAAUUUUAUUUUUAUAAAUUAAGUGUUAUGAAAAUAAAAAUGCUAUUUUGGCUUAAUCGUUACUAUAAUUUAGUUUUGGACUAUUCACUAAAGACACAUAAACUAGAUAUAUGUAGGAUAUGUUAGUGAAUCAUUAAAUAUGGUAAUACCGUGAUUAUUGGGAAGCUGUUAUUAUAAAUUAAAUAUCAAAAAUAAAAAAAGGAACCAAAGAUAAUAUUAAUACAAGCAUUUUAAGUAUUCUAACUCAAGUGGCAUAACAUAUGUUGAUGUUCAAGUUAUCACCAGAUUUAGUUAGGGAUAUUGUUUAAAAGUUUUCUUAAUUUUUUAAAUUGAACAAGGAAAUAGCUGAUGAUCUGAUUGUAAAAUAUUACAUUAAUAUUAUUAGGAAGCAAUUAAUAGUUAAGUUUGAAAGACAA